AUGGCUGCUUCUCAUCUAAUGAACGAAUGCAAGCUACUGGAACAUGCACCGGACUUCGCUAAAUCUCGCCCAGAUGCGUACCUGGAUAAUGUCAAGACCGAGUAUGCCGCCAAAUUAGCUGUUUGCGAACUAUUGAGUGCCCAGCCACUCAAUCCAACACCACCGCCUAAUUGCGAUAUACUGGUUCCUGCAUCAAGACACUGCGGGAAAGGCGGUGGCUGGUGGCAUGCUCGGCCAGAAGUUCCCAGCGACAAGCAAUGCUACCCAGAAUUCAAGGAGUACUACUACAUGCAGUGCCUAAAGAGCCUCCAAUCCACACCUCAAUACUGGACUUCAUUCAGCAAUGCUCGCCAGAAUGCAGUCGUCAUGUGCCAGGCUAGCAGAGAUGUUAUCGAGCGAGAAAACCAUCUCGACAUCUUCAAGAAUCUGACACAAGUUCUGGGUGAUGUGACGUCGACUAUGCAGAAGACGACUGAGGAAUACGAGUUGUUGAUCCGUGAGCAAAGGCAGUACUCCGAAGAAGUCCGCGACUCUCACCAGCAGCUCAAAGAAGACAUUCAAGCUGUGCAAGAGAAGGCCGUCGCCACAGUCGGAGCGCUUGACGACAAGUUUCAGAGUUUCAUGGAGUCGUCGAUCUCAGACCUCAUCAUCGCUCUGUCCGAGAGUCAGACCAACGAAAUCGACCACAUACGUGAGAGAAUGCAGGCUUUCUCGCAACACUUGAUGCUGGAGAGCUCCCAGCUCGCUGCAUGCUUCACUGACGAGCUCCAACAACAUCACGAACUGGCCAAGCUCAGCAUUCAAUCGAAUCACGAGGCGCAGGUCGAAAGCUACAAUGUGCUAGCGGGUUAUAUGACCGCCACACAACACACCAUCCACCAAACCAACGAUGUCGCAGAUCGCUCUCUUUCCAAGGUGGACAGUAUCGCUCAACGUCUGGACAUCUUUGAGAUGCAAACCGAGCACAUCGCCGAAGGUUUCGCCUUUCUGAGCGCAAUACCAGCACUUGUCACAUGGCUUUUUCGAAGCUUCCUGGCCACCAUCGGCACGUUCUUCAUGUUUACCGUCCUGUACAAGUUUAACACUAGGCUUGCCGGUUACACUGCCGGCGCAUGCAGUUCAGCUUUUCUCCUACACACAUGCGGCAUCCUCGACUGGCUUGGAAACAUACCCUAUGGUAUUACCAAACUUCACGACCAAGGCACUCCCGCGACCGUCGCCAGAAUGUCGUCUUGGCAGAAGGGUGCUGGUAGCGUUCUUCUACUCUGGGUUGCUGCGUAUCCAGUGUGCAAACUCAACGCUUAUCUGGGAAACCUCAUAGCUGGCUUGCUGAAGCAGCUUCUCGGCCCGAUAUGGGUACAUCAGUACAGCAACGAUGAUGGUAUGAGGUUUCUGCCUAGUAUCGAGAUUCCCGCUACGUAUCCACGCGACAAGGACAACCGACGUCUCAAAGACCACGUCGGCUGCGACCAUCAUACGGAAUGGGAAACUCAUGGCUCAAGGUCCAACCAUGUGUAA